GGUCAAUUAAACAUGCCAUUCUUUGACAUGGCGACUUGCGACACUAAUUUUGGUUGAAUAGCGUUCCAUUUUGUCCACCAUCUUGGACAAACACCUAAUAUUCUUGCUACCAACUUGCCUUGCCGAUUUGCUUCCCUCCCAUUGCCAUGGUGGUCUGCCCUAUCUGCGACCGGGGCGUAAAGGCCACCGAAAUCAACAGCCACAUCGACUCGGGUUGCCAGACUUUCCUCCUCGAUGAGUCCAACGAGCAGACCAAUUCUCCCUCGCCGAACGGAACGCAGAGUAAUACACAGAACAACACCCAAAGCAAUACCCAGAGCAACACCCAGAGCCAGCCACCGAGCUCGACACAGAAAAAACGGUCCGCCUCGACCUUCUUCCAAACCCCAUCCGCGAAGCGACAAGUCACGAGCGCGAGGGCACCCACACUGCAGAGCAAUGGGAAUACCGGGCUGAAAGCUGGCACGAAGCGGAGCUAUGACGACGGACCAGGGUACACCAGCUCGCCGACGGACACAAAGAACGGGGAUGGCAGGGAGGGUGCGGCGGCACCGGUAGCAGACCCACGGCAGGCCGACAGCACAAACGGGUCGGGCCCACCACUGGCCAAACGAUCCAAGAAUGCCCGCACCGCACCGCUCGCCGAGCGCAUGCGGCCCGACACGCUCGACAAUGUCUUUGGGCAGGACUUGGUCGGGCCCAACGGGGUACUGCGCGCCCUGAUCGAGUCGGACCGCGUGCCGAGCAUGAUCCUCUGGGGCGGGUCGGGCACCGGGAAGACAACCAUCGCGCGGUGUAUCGCGCGCCGUGUGGGGAGCCGCUUUAUCGAGCUCAAUGCCACGAGCACGGGGGUGGCCGAGUGCAAGAAGCUGUUUGCCGAGGCCGCGAACGAGCUGGGUUUGACAGGGCGGAGAACCAUCAUCUUCUGCGACGAGAUCCACCGAUUCAACAAGGGCCAGCAGGAUGUGUUUCUGAAGCCGGUCGAGGCGGGAACUAUCACUCUAAUAGGCGCUACCACAGAAAACCCGAGCUUCCGAGUUCAAGCAGCGCUCCUCAGCCGCUGCCGAACCUUCACCCUCCAGUCCCUCACCGAAGACGACAUCCAACACAUCCUCCUCCGCGCCCUGCAACAAGAAGUCGAACAGGAAGGCAUCGAAAUCUCCCCACUCAUCGACCAAGAACUCCUCCGCUACCUCUCCUCCUUCGCCGACGGCGACGCCCGCACAGCCCUCAACCUCCUCGAACUCGCCCUCUCCCUCACCAACCGCCCCGCCCCCACCGACCCCUCCACCCCCUCGGAACCAGUCACCAAAGAAUCCAUCAAAGCCGCCCUCACCAAAACCCUCGUCUACGACCGCGCCGGCGACCAGCACUACGACACCAUCUCGGCCUUCCACAAAUCCGUGCGCGGCUCCGACGCCGACGCCGCGCUCUACUACCUCGCGCGCAUGCUCCAAUCCGGCGAAGACCCCCUCUUCAUCGCGCGCCGCAUGGUAGUCAUCGCCUCCGAAGACGUCGGCCUCGCCGACUCCACCCUGCUCCCGCUCGCCACCGCGGCCUACACGGCCACGCAGCAGAUCGGCAUGCCCGAGGCGCGCAUCCCGCUCGCCCACUGCGCCGUCGCGCUGUGUCUGGCGCCCAAGAGCACGCGCGCGUAUCGCGGGUUGAAUAAUGCGCUCUCGGCGCUGCAGGAGCCCGGGGUGGCGGCCCUGCCGGUGCCGGUGCAUUUGCGGAAUGCGCCGACGCGGUUGAUGCGUGAGAUGGGUUAUGGCAGGGAGUAUAAGUAUCCGCCGAAUUAUCGGGAGGGGAGGGUGAAGCAGGUGUAUUUGCCGGAGGGGUUGGUGGGGAGGCGGUUUUUGGAGGAGAGGGAUCUGGGGACGGAGGUGGAUCCGGAUGUUGAGAUGGGGGAGGCGGAGAGGUGAGGUGGGAGAG